AGGACCCGAGUCCCCGUCAGUGUAAACAAGGACCCAGCGAGGUAUUUUGAGCUCGUGAAUAAUCCUUCUUCUCCUUCCCUGGCUUCCUGUCCUUGAGUCUUUCUUAGAUAUGGACCUAAAGAGGACCUGGCGCCGAGGUUAAAGACUGUCAUCCUCAAGUAGAAGCUAGAAGAAGGGGAGGAGUGAAGAGGGUAGCGAGGAGGCGUGUCACUGAUUUAGGCCAGCGGAAAUACCCACAACAGGUCAUUAAAACUACUCUGUGUCAUAGUUCCGUCUGCUGUGAUCCUGUUAGUGAGAGGUUAAAAUCAAGAAUUAUUUUGUGCAUCACUGCCACAAGUAUUGAUGUACAAUAUUAAACAUGGAUAGCCGUAAUGGGUCAAAGCACGUCUCAAGAAUUCGUAUCCUGAGUCUUGGUAAUUCUGGAGUUGGUAAGAGCUGCCUUAUAAAAAGAUACUGUGAGAAUCGAUUUGUUAACAAAUACAUCCCGACUGUUGGUAUUGACUAUGGCUCGACAAAUGUUGAUGUGGAUGGACGUAAAGUCUCGGUUCACUUCUUCGACACUUCAGGCAGCCCAUUGUUUGAGGAGGUUCGAAGUGAGUUUUAUCGAGAUAUGCAAGGAAUUAUGUUAACCUAUGACGUCACUGAUAGAUCCUCAUUCAUUGCUCUGGAUGCGUGGCUAGCAGAACUUAGACAUAACUUGGGAUCACCUAAUGAAUGGAACUUAACAGUGAUAGUUUGUGGCACAAGAACAGACACCGGUGGGACAGGUGGACGGCAGGUGUCUGAGGCUGAUGGUCGUGGCUGGGCUGAUAAACACAGCUUUUCCCAUGUCCUCACUUCUGCUGCUCUGGGCAAUGGAAUUUCACACGCAUUUCAUACAUUGUUUGUCCAAGCCUUGCAAAUGAAAGAUGGUAUACGGCAGCCAGGUGUUGCAGGUGGUGCUAUUGAUCCAGAUAUUAUACAAGCAAUCCAUCGUCUAACUCAUGCCAUAGAUGACUUUGAUAAGAUGGGAAUCAAUCGCCGAUCAAUUUCAAGGGACGAGGUGAACAAAGCUUACCGUCGCUUGGCAGCACUAGUUCAUCCUGAUAAGUGCAAGGCACCUGGAGCAGAAGAAGCUUUCAAGGCUCUCACUCAGGCAAGAAACAACCUUCUCAAGAUAAUGACAGAGACCACAGUGUAGGUUGUUCUGGAAAAGCAAAUGUAAAAGUGCAAAGAUUAUUGGGAUUAUUUUUUCUUUCUUUCUUUUAAUCAUCUUUUUUCUUGCCCUUUUAAAUUGUUCUUUAUGUUUUAAUUUUUCUCACCAAAAUGUAUCAAAGAGUCUUUAGGUAUAUGCUAUGAAUACAUUUUAGGGGAUAUAUAGUAUAACAUAAAGGGGUAAAGGGGGGACCUAUGAAGAUAUAGUACUGUAUCUCAAAAAAGUAUCUGUCCACACUAUGUGAAACAUUAUGAAACCACAGAUGAUAGAUACUGGGACAUGCAUUUACUUUGCUACAUAGUUUAAUAUAAGUAAAGCAAUGUGUAUUUAUUUUGGCAUGAUUAAUAAUACGUUGUUACCAAAUGUAGUAGGAUCAUUAUGCCACAGAGCCACGCAAACUAACCCUCCCUGGACAUCAUGAGUUGCAUGUAGCAUUUUGGAAGUCAUUGGAACAAACCUGGCAGAUACUUUUUUGAGAUACUGUACAGUUUGUUCUUGUGCUCAUCGUUUCAUGUCUGUGAGUUCGAGGGUAACCAUCCUUGAUGUGAGACAUGGCUGAUGUAUCAAGGAAACACAAAUGAUGUGAAAAAUAGCUGAUACACCAAGGACACAUAACUAACACAACAAGAAGAAGCAUCAACAAAACAUAGCUGACACUUAUAAACAAUGCCAUACCCACAGUAAUAAAUCAGGCUACACCAAAGUCUCUGUUAAUUUUAGGUGUGAUAUAUGAUAAUUUCACUGUGACUCCCAAGAGUUCAUUCUGGAGGAGUUAAAAAGGAAUGGGAAAUAUUGUGAGCAAAUGAAUGAUGGAGUGUACAGAUGACAUGAACAUUCUGAUAUAUAUAUACUGUAUAGAAGU